CUAGUUUCGCCAGGGCAACAGAUUUCGAGGGUCUGCCUUGUUCUAGAUUCCUUCCCCUCCGCAUUCUACUAGCAACGCGAGCGCCGUCUUCUCGCUCUCUCUCGCGCUCUCUGUCUCUCCUAGCACACGGGUUGCGCCUGUCGUUCAACCGCUCAUUCGUCUUCCGCUCACACGAAGGCUUGCGGAAACCACACGUUGCAAUGACGUCACUCUUCGUCCCUUCGAGCCUUUCUUUACAGCACCAAUCAUUCCUUUCCUACGGCAAGCCCACUCCUUCCAACAGACAUCCAUUUUCCGCCGCCUCCUCCUCCGUUCGCUUCGGGUCGUGUGCAAAGCAACACCGCUAUGUGACAACACCCUGCACCUGCAGCAGCAGCAGCAGCAACCCAACCUCCUCUUCCUCUCCCACCUCUUCCCCCUCUUCCCCCUCUUCCCCCUCGUCCUCCUCUCCAUCUCCCCCUUCGGACCUGCGCACCUGCCGCAAUUGCAAGCAGCCCUUUAACCCUGCCGACAACCACCCCAUGGCCUGCAGACACCACACAGCACACUAUGGCGGUGAAACCAAGCGCAAGUUUGAGAGUGUGUACACAGGUGGAACCAUGGACACAGUGGGAGGGGGCGAGAUCACAGCGUACUGGCACUGCUGCGGCGCCACUGACCCCUUUGAUCCAGGCUGUGUGGCAGGGCCACAUGAGACAUACGAUGAUUGAUGCUGGGGGGCGCAGGAUGUUAAAUAAGGGGGACAUUGCAUUGCAUCACCAAGGGGUGGAUAGGGGCAUAGCAGACGUUGAAACGUGGCAGUGCUGAUUCUCGGUGCCACCUCCUGCGUUGAAAGACCUAUGGAAGGUAAAGAAUCGAUUUUUUUUUUUCUCAAGAAAUUUGCCCCAUCCGGAUCAACACGUGCAAGGUAUCGAAACUCCAUCGAGAAAUAUUUGGUGUGAGAUUAUUGUGGAGAUAUUCGUUGUCUUAUAUAAUGUACAU